AUGGCACGAUCGAGAUCCGGCUCUCGUCAUACCAAUGGUUCCCGCGGCACCCAGCUCGUCGCGAACGGGAACGGCCCCAACGGGGCCCCCGCCCCCAGCAUCCAACCAGCCGCCUCCGCCAGGUCGGGGGAGGAUCUGAGGGCCCAGCUCACCACCCACCGUAGCAGUGGUGCAUUGCCACCACCCCCUGUUGCCCCCGCUCCGGCUCGCGCGCUCAUCCAGGAGGGGGUGGCGGUCUUCGAACAAGCCUCCACGGCGCUGGCGCGCGUCGCGGCGAGCCUUCGGGCAGAGGAACAAGCCGAACUAGGCGCCACCCGAGGGGCGCCGGCGUCACCUCCACCUCCUCCCACCCGGGGGAGCAGCGGUCCAAGCACCCGGCCACCCCAGGUACCUAUCACCCAGGGGGAGGUCAACUCGCCUCGACCAUCGGAGAGGCGGGGAGGAGGGGACUCCCGCCGAGGCCGCCAGCGCGACGACGAUGGAAGGGCACCAACCCAAACUAGGCCCGCCCUGGAGAGGUUGGGCGAUCACGUGUCGGCCCGGGACAGGCUGGGUCCGAGGCCAGCCAACGGUUCCCGCGGCACCCAACUCGUCGCGAACGGGAACGGUCCCAACAGGGCCCCCGCCCCCAGCAUCCAACCGGCCGCCUCCACCAGGUCGAGGGAGGAUCUGAGGACUCAGCUCACCAACCACCGUGGCAGUGGGGCACCGUCACCACCCCCUGUCGCCCCUGCUCCGGCUCGCGCACUCAUCCAGGAGGGGGUGGCGGUCUUUGAACAAGACUCCACGGCGUUGGCGCGCGUCGCGGCGGGCCUUCGGGCAGAGGAACAAGCCGACCUAAGCGCCACCCGAGGGCGCAGCGGUCCAAGCACCCGGCCACCCCAGGCACCUAUCACCCAGGGGGAGGUCAACUCGCCUCGACCAUCGGAGAGGCGGGGAGGAGGGGACUCCCGCCGAGGCCGCCAGCGCGACGGCGAUGGAAGAGCACCAACCCAAACUAGGCCCGCCCUGGAGAGGUUGGGCGAUCACGUGUCGGCCUGGGACAGGCUGGGUCCGAGGCCAGCAAACGGGCCACCGGCGGAGGAAUCAUGCUCCCGCCGGCCACUGCGACAAGAAUCGGCCACUCGGAGGUCGCUGAGCCAUGGGCCACGCGCCCAGCCGCGACACGAGGCAGCUUCGCGUGGGUCCGCAGGGCGGGUUCCCCGACCCCACCCGCGACGUGAGCAGGCCUCCCGGGUCGAGCGAUCGGGUGAAACGAAUGAUAGAGCUCCGAGCUCCCAUCGGGUAGAGGUCGAGCAGCUGCGGAGGAGGAUGGACGAGCUCUAG